CCGGCGUGGCGGGCUACUACGCGGGCAGCGCCGCCAUGGUGGCGUGCCUCGCGGGCGUCAUGGUGCCGUCCCCGAUCGUGCGGCUCGGGGUCGGGCGCAGGGCCGGGGUCGGCGAGGCGCUGGACCUACUCGUCUACGGGCUCUCGUGGACGCACCGGCUGCACACGCUCACCGUGGACGACGAGCUGACGAACCCGAAGGACCUGCCGGAGGAGCUGCUGGAAAGCAUGCCCUGGACUCCGCGCGAGAACCCGUUCCCGCAGCGGCGGCGAGGACGGCCCACGGCGGACGGCGGCCAAGCAGGGUCGUUGCUGUUCCCCUCGUGGUCGUGGGCCGGCUGGUGCGGCGAGAUUGCCUCGCGGCAUGACGACCUGCCGCACUGCUACACCAGCCUGCUCGGUAGUGAUAGUCCCGGGUCUGUCAUGAUACACUUCCGCCAGCCCAAGCACAACCCUCCGCUGGAGUACACCUCGCUGCACCAGCGCGCCCGCUACAAGAAGUACCUCAUCGACAAGCUGCUCCUUGCCACCUCGAUCCACCUGGACGCGUACACGCUCGACGUCUCCCGCCUCCGGGCCUGGGAGCGCGACUCGCGGUUGCCCUACCACGGCGUGGUGCGCGACGGGCACAGGCAAGACCCCAUCGCGACGCUGCGGGUCAACAUGUCUGAAGGGCCCAGGGGUGACUGGAGCGCGGUCUACGACAAGAUUGUGGACGGGAGGCUGCUGUGUCUGGUGCUGGGCACCUAUGGUGAGCCCCGGGACGAGGUCAUCCGGGCGAUGAGGACGUCGGACGGCAAGUCCGACUCGGCGAGGCUCGCCAGGAUCGACCUCUUUGACCGCAAGGAGACGGACGCGAUUGUGUGUCUGGUGGUCAAGCCCGUCAAGGGUCGGGAUCUGUGCGAGGACGGUGCGCUGAUGGUGGAGAGGAAGGGCCUGCUCAAGAUUGAGUUCCUGGGGCUCGACGUGGUCGAGUCGGUGAGGAUCAGGACCAGGUGGAGGAACAGGACGAGGAGGUGCGACUGGGAGGACUGGGUGGCGGAGGGAGAUCGGCGGCGGUUUGCGCUUGUCUAAGGUAUCAGAUGUCUCCGUUAUGAAAGGAACAAAGAAGGUGAGAGAACGUCAAUUCAGAAGCCUAGCACAUUAAUAAUAUUCCAUUCUGUGUUUGCUUGUUA